AUGGAAAGAGAAGAGCAAGAGAAUCAUACCUACUUUGCUGGAUUCAUCCUUCUGGGUCUGUCCUCCUCUCCAGAGUUCCAGGGACUUCUCUUCCCCAUCUUCCUCUCAAUGUACUUGCUUAGCCUGUUGGGAAAUUUCUUGAUCUUCUUACUAAUCUUCUCUAACAGCAGCCUCCUUUAUGCCCCCAUGUAUUUUUUCCUCAGCCACCUGUCUUUGGCUGACUUGGGAUUCAGCUCCAACGUGGUGCCGAAGAUGCUACAGGUCUUGGUCUCCCAGACCAACACCAUCUCCUACAGUGGCUGCCUGACUCAGAUGUAUUUCUUUGUGGUCUUUUGCACAACAGAUAACUUCCUCUUGGCAUCCAUGGCAUAUGACCGCUAUGUAGCCAUUUGCUAUCCACUCCAUUACACCACAAUAAUGAGUUACAAGCGUUGCUUAGUGUUAGCAGCAGGGUCAUGGCUCCUGUCUUUCUCCCAAGGCUUACUGUAUGUAUUCACCAUCUCAAAGUUUUCUUUCUGUGGCUCUCGGGAGAUUCCUCACUUCUUCUGUGACCUCCACCCUUUACUCCAACUCUCCUGCUCAGAUACUUCUUCUGCUGAAACACUGCUUAUGUUUGAAGGCACUGCAACCAUGCUUGGACCUGUCAUACUCAUCUUCCUCUCCUAUAUGUUCAUUGCAUUGAAGGUUUUGAAGGUUCCAUCAGCUUCUGGGAAGUACAAGGCCUUCUCCACUUGUAGUGCCCACCUCACCACAGUGGCCUUGUUCUAUGGGACUCUGAUAGGCACCUACAUCCGCCCAUCGUCCACCUAUUCUGGUUCUAGGCUGAGAGUGGCAUCAAUAUUCUACACAGUUGUCACUCCCAUGCUUAACCCCUUCAUAUACAGCCUAAGGAACAGUGAGAUUCAUGGGGCCAUGAAGAGGUUAUUGAGGGUUUGGUGCCAGAGGGGGAGGAGUAUUGGGGAAUUAAGAAUAUCACAGAAUAAAUCCUGA